AGAAGCAGGAAGUGUUCCUCCCACUUUCUGUUUGUACACACAUGAAGUAGUUCGUCUCGACAAGUCUCCAUGUAGCUUAUAUAAACUUUAAAUAUAAAGAAAAGCGGUGGAGCGGAUUAAUUUGGAGUUUAAAGUGAGACUGGAUUUCUUUCUUUCGCUGAAGUGAAAUGGUUACACCGGUGAAAAUCAGCAAAGACACAGAAGAGCUGGAUCCGACAAAAGGGAUGGAGAGGGCAAGGACACUGAGGCACUUCCCUCCGUACGGAUCCAUGAAUGGAGACACCUGCCCCACAUGUCGUGGCACCGGACGAAUUCCCAGAGGCCAUGAGGACCAGCUUGUUGCUGUAAUACCAUGUAAUGAUGUGAGGCUGAAACCCAGACGCACGAAGCUGUACGUUUGCAUCUCCAUGGCAGUGUGUCUCUUCCUUUGCUGUCUGAUCCUCUUCUUCCUCUUCCCCCGGAGUGUCACCCUGACACCUGUGUCUGUGCUGUCAGUCAUGGUUUACUUCACACCAGAUACAGUUGAAAUGAAGGUCACAAAUCUCAUCAACAUCUCCAACGAGAACUAUGUCCCAGUUCAGGUUGUGGACUUUACCAUUCAGGGUCUGGUCUCUGAAGCAGUUGUGGGCAAAACCAAGAUAUCCAACAUGACCGCCCUCAAGGCCCGCUCACAGAAUUCGUACACUAUGCAAAUUGACCUGCCUCUCACCGAUAAAGGCUUAAACACUUACUGCAAGUCGAGCUCUAUCAAGAUUCACACGUUAUUUCUGGAGCUGCAAAUGACGAUGAAUAUUUCCUAUCUCUCUCAUGUGGAGCAGCUGUCUCUGGACACCUUCGAGUACAUCGACUGUGGCACCAACUCAACAAUCCCUCAUCCUGUGAGAUGAUGAAAUCCAAAUGAAAAACACCAAAGUGGGAGUGUGAAAUCAUGAAUAUUCUGGCUGCAUCGCACCCUUUCCCUCCUCUGUGUGGGAUGUGACUUUGUGAAUGACAUCUACUGUACAAAUGCAUCUUAUCCACUCAUCCAUGUCUUUUACUUAAGAAAAACUACCAGUGAAAUAAUGUUGAAAUACCGAAGUAGAUGAGCAACAAAACAAAGUACCAAGCAGCAGAUAGUAAGUAAAUGUACUUAGUUACAUUCCACCACUGAUCUUAUUCUGUAUGUUGUUUUAGCAUACCUCAAGACUUUAACCAAUCACUACAAUGUAAUUAUUUUAAGAUCAAGAUGAUUCAAGUAUACUUAUAUCCUUAAAUGAAGGUUUUAUUGCUCUUAUUUGAUUGAGACCUGCCUGUAUUUUGUUUGAAGAUGUGUAAAUUUCCUUAAAAAUGUGACUCACUUAACAAUGUUUUUGGGCAGGAUGCCAUAUAUUGUGUAAAUAGGAUGUUAAUCUCUGAUAAUCUUUUGUCAUUUGCACUUCAUUAAACUGUGGCAUUUAAAGUC